CACACACGUUGUUAUUUUUUUAAAGUUUGUGCAGGGAGAUUACAAAGUGUCCGGUCAUCACAAACUUAAAAUUCCGUAUUAUAAAACAUGUGUGUGUUUCUUUGACAUUGGUUUUGUGUACCGUCCACAAGUUCUGAUCAGACACGCAGAUCAAGAGAAAACUCAGGAAGAGGGAGGCAAGAUGAAGGCUUUUGUCAUAGUCACCGUCCUACUGGCCAUGUCUGGAGUGGAGGCUUUUAAACUGAGAUCUUGUAGCGAGAAUCCGGCCGAGGACAAACUAAGAGUCCUUGUGGCAGACGUGAACCCUGAUCCCGUCCAUUUGCCUGGCAACUUCACGGCUGGCGGGACUAUUGAGAUUGUUGGAGACUACAACGGCAACUAUUCUGCUGACGUGAAAGUGACCCGGGAGCUUCUGUGGCUGUUUGACGUCAGCAUUCCCUGCAUAGAUACAAACCACGGACUGUCAGUGGGAUCCUGGUUAGUACACACAACCCACCGACUGCCAAACAACACACCACUAGUAAAGCAACAAACCAAAUGA